AUGGGGGCCGUCAUAUCACUUCCAAUUACCAUGGGAAGCACAUUCGUCGCAUCAUGUCUAGGAGGUUGUUGUUCUAAUCUCGUCUCAAAAUCAGUAUCCUCACUUGGUUCCUCCUCUUUAGGGACGAGACUAUUAUACGCAGGCUGGUUACUCCUGAAUUCCCUGAUAUCAUGGAUAUCUAUGUCAAUUAAUAAAUCAUUUUUAUGGCCAGGGAAGACGUGUGCUGCCACAGGUGAAUGUGGAUUUUUCACUGUUCAUAGAUUAAAUUUUGCCUUAGGUACCAUGCAUGUACUUCUGGCAUUUAUCUUAUUGGGAGUCAAAUCUACUAGAGAUGUACGUGCCACAUUACAAAAUUCAUGGUGGUCUUUAAAGUUUAUUGUAUAUUUGGUUUUAGUCGUGGUUUCAUUUUUGAUCCCUAAUGAAUUCUAUAUUGUGUUUUCUAAAUGGGUAUCUGUUCCUAGUGGUGUCAUUUUCAUCUUAGUGGGAUUAAUCCUUUUAGUCGAUUUUGCUCAUGAAUGGGCAGAAACGUGUAUAUAUCAUGUGGAAAUGGAAGAUGAAGAUUCUUCGUUUUGGCAGAAAUUUCUAGUCAUAGGGACAUCUGCUAUGUAUGCAGGUUCAUUAAUCAUGACCGUUGUCAUGUAUAUUUUAUUUUGUAAAUCCCAAUGUAAGAUGAAUCAAACAGCUGUGACAAUAAAUCUUAUUCUGACAUUACUUACGGUAUUAUUGUCUGUUAACCCGAAGAUCCAAGAAGCUAAUCCUAGAACUGGGUUGGCUCAAAGUAGUAUGGUAUCAGUGUAUUGUACUUACUUGACAAUGAGUGCAAUGGCAUCUGAGCCUGAUGAUAAAAUGUGUAAUCCAUUGGUCAGAUCAAGCGGUACACGUAAAAUGAGUGUUGUUUUAGGAUCGUUAUUUACAUUUAUUGCCAUUGCAUAUACUACAACAAGAGCAGCAGCUAACACUGCAUUCCAAGGUAGUUCCACUAAUGGACCAAUAUACUUAAAUGAUGACUUAGAAAGUGAAGGAUUGGAAAGUCAAUCUAGAAAUCAACUCCGAUAUGAAGCAAUCAAACAAGCCGUUGAAGAAGGUUCUUUACCAGAGAGUGCUUUAUAUGAUACAGCAUGGAUUGGAACUGGAUCUCUUUCAACACGUGGAGAAGAGACCCAUGAAGGAACUGAAUUGAAUGAUGAUGAAUUAUCAGGAACAAAGUAUAAUUAUUCUUUGUUCCACAUGAUAUUUUUCUUUGCAACACAAUGGAUUGCAAUUUUAUUGACUAUAAAUGUUACUCAAGACGAUGUCGGUGAUUUUAUUCCUGUCGGGAGAACAUAUUUCUAUUCUUGGGUGAAAAUAAUAAGUGCUUGGAUCUGUUAUGGACUGUAUGGAUGGACUAUUGUCGCUCCGUUAAUAAUGCCAGACAGGUUUGAUUACGAGGACUAUUAUUAG